UUUCUAGUUCCCCUCUGCUUCCUCCUCCGUAAAGCUCGCUCGUCCAUCUGUUUUCGUGAGCCUGAUUUCCCAGACGCCGUGAUUUAAUCCCUCUCUUUUUGCCUGUCCAAGCUCCACAUCUACACAGUCAUGGCUGAUCCAAGCUGGGGCGAGCAUGCCUAUGCUACGCUUCUGUUGAACGAUGCCUAUCUCCCUGGUGCCCUGGUUCUUGCCCACUCCCUGCGCGAUGCUGGCACCACCAAGAAGCUCGCCGUCUUGGUCACUCUCGACGGCGUGACUGCCGAUGCCAUUGUUCAGCUCAAGACCGUCUACGAUUAUGUCUUGCCUGUGCCUCGAAUCCGCAAUGACAAGCCUGCCAACCUCUACCUCAUGAACCGUGCCGACCUGCACUCUGCCUUUACCAAGAUCAACCUGUGGAAGCAGACGCAGUUCUCGCGAAUUGUCUACAUCGACGCUGAUGUCGUCGCCUACCGAGCUCCUGACGAGCUCUUCGAUCUCCCACACGCCUUUGCGGCCUCCCCUGAUAUUGGUUGGCCCGACCUCUUCAACACCGGUGUCAUGGCCCUGACACCCAACAACGGUGAUUACCACGCCAUGGUUGCCAUGACCGAGAGGGGCAUCUCCUUCGACGGUGCCGAUCAGGGUCUCCUCAACAUCUACUUCAAGAACAACUUCCACCGCCUGCCCUUUACCUACAACGUCACCCCCUCUGCACACUACCAAUACCUCCCCGCCUACCGCCACUUCCAGUCCAGCAUUAACAUGGUUCACUUCAUUGGACCGGACAAGCCCUGGAAGGCCGGCCGUAAUGCCUCCUACGGAAGCUCUGCUUACGACGAAAUGGUUGGCAGAUGGUGGGCAGUGUAUGAUCGCCACUACCGCGAGAAGGAAAUUUCCCAGCUUGCCAACGGCAGUGGAAACUACAACCAGGCUUACGAGUCGCAAAAGAACGCCUCUCUGGCUGACACAAAGUUUGAUACGCCAGCAGGCCAGGGCUGGCAAAACCAGACGCCUCGUCAAAUCUUCCCCUGGGAGGCUAACCAGCCCAAGGCUACGAGAUCUUUCUACGGUGAUGAGCCCGAGCUGCAGCCACAGGGUGCUUCCCGCUCAGGCCCUACCGCUGCCAAGUCAACUGGUCGUUCGUCGGUGACAAAGUCGCCUCCGAAAUCACCUGUUUCAAGGACAUCGGACAACAAGAGUGAGGCUGGAACUGCAUCCUGGACAACAUACUCUCGUGGCAAUGCUUGGGAUGAUGUCCCCGGCAUCUCCAAGUAUGCAGAUGCCGUUGAGAAGCGCCACCGAUCAAGCAGCCGCGGCAAGGAGGGUGAGAAUGACGAGGACGAGGAAGAUGAACAGGAAGAGUCCCGGCGUCCCUUCAAGGUUACUGACUUCCCAUCCGAGAAGGAGCGGCCCAGCCUGCCGGUCACACCGGCACCAGUUCCUCGGGGACGCGAUGCCACUGGCAAAGCGCUGCCGGCAGCUGAGGGCGUGCCGUCACAGGCCGAAUGGGAUCCCACUGCGCAAUUAGAGAAGCUCGCUCAACAGCAGUCAGCGAUGCUAUUGCGCAAGCUGGGGGGAGGCAAGGAGGGCGUAUCAGGAGGAACGAAUCAAGACGUAUCGACGCAGUCUGCUGAAUCCCAAACUCGGAUCGCGCAGUCAGCUCCUGUCGUGCUGAGUCCACGGCCUGUCAAGGGAACAGCGGCGGCAGCCACCAGGAGCCUGGAGCGCAAGAUGAAUGAAGAAGAAGCCGGCAAAUCAUGACGUCAAAGAAAAAGAAAGUAAAAAGCUUUAAUAAAAGAAGAAGAAAAAAAAGUUGGAAAACGAAAAGAAACCAUAACAACAGUAACGAAGGCGGAAAGACAUGUAUCGGAUUUGCGUAUUGGUUGGAAAAAGUGAAAGCAAAAAGGGGGUCUAUUUAUACCUUGGAUUUCUUCUUCACUAGCAUAAUUCUUUGUUUUCUCUUCUUCUUUACGACUACCCCUCUCUGCAUAGCGAUUGCACCAGCCUCGUCAUUUAGUGGUAUUUGUCGAGUUUGCCUUUUUUUCAUCGCGUGCUGUGCAGAGCGUGGCGUUGAGCUUGUCAGCAUUUCAUUUGUGUCCCCUUUCUUUUAAUUAUACUUCAUACCU